AUGCGCUCGCGACUUCAAGCUCUCUGGACAAAAGCUGUGGACGAACUUCAUCCCCGAGCUUCUGUAAGCUGUCGCCUUCUCUCAUCGGUACUUUUAAGACGACGAAACGCCACGACCUGGCGAGGCAGACCGGGCGACAUCCGCAACGGCUGCCGUGACACCCUACAGCUUCACGCAAGCUUCCUGAACGAGCGCGUCGACAUGCCUGCGGACAAAUCGAGGAAGCGCAAGGCGGACAAGGACCUGCAGAGAUACUACGCUGUGCGUGUCGGUCUCCGGCCAGGUGUAUAUUUGACUUGGCUCGAAUGCCAGAAGCAGACUGCUCAUCAAAAAGGAGCAAUAUACAAGUCUUUCUUCACACGCGAAGAGGCUCAGGCUUUUGUGGAAGGAAAGUUCGUACCAGCGCCAGCCGGGGAAAAGCCCGCUCCUCCGAGAUACUAUGCCGUCGCGCGUGGUCAUUUCACGGGCAUCUUCGUCAACGACUGGGAUACGGUUUCCCUAGCGAUCAAGGAUGCCAAAGGGCCUAAAUAUAAGAGAUUCGACACAUACACCGGCGCGUUGGAGUUCAUUAGGGAAUGGGGCAAUGAGGAAACGAUUGCCGGUGCUGAGGCCGGCGCCCUGAAUGCGGGUAUCAAGGUUCUGCCGAGGAAGCCAGCCACCAGCGCCGCAACGAAGGCCACGAAGGUGAAGAAGGAGAACGAUGAUGGGGUGGAGGAGGAGAUGGAGAAGGAAUCUGAAGACGAUUCCGUGAAACCGGAGGUACUGAACUUGCCGCAAAUCUAUAUCGACGGAGCUACGGCGGGCAACGGUACUCCCUCUGCCAGGGGCGGCGUAGGCGUCUACUUCGGACCCAACGAUGCAAGGAACAUAUCUGAACCCCUCGAAGGUGAACCACAAACGAAUCAGCGAGCAGAACUUACCGCCGUCCUUCGAGCACUCGAGUACACCUCGGUCACGCAGGAUGUCCAAAUCUGGACGGAUAGCGCAUACGCAAAGAACUGCGUCACUCGCGACUGCAAGAAGUGGAUGGCCAACGGCUGGAAGACUUUGAAAGGAUCCGUCAAAAACCAGGACUUGAUCAAGGCAAUAAUCGAUCAUCUCAACAGACGAGAGGCUGCAGGGACAAUAACGAGCAUCGACUGGGUGAAGGCUCACACCACAGAGGAAGACCCAACAUCUGUAGGCAACAGGGCUGCGGAUGAGCUCGCCACGGCCGGUGCAAGAAAGACUUUGCCAACGAAGUCAAGAAGAAAGCUCAAGUGA